CUCUCUCUCUCUCUCUCUGUGUGUGUGUGCCGGAGCAGAGCGAAGGGGCGGCGGGGUGGAAAGACUAUCCUCCUCCCCGGGCCCUCUCCCGUCAACUGUCAGCUGUCAGCCCGCUCACGGCAGUUUAAAUUUAAAAAAAAUUAAUUAAUUACCUCAGGGACCGACUCGAGCCGCCGACUGACAGGGGAAGAUCCAGGAGCGUGAAAGCUUGACGUCCAGACUUAAGAACGGCUUUUUCCUCACGGCUGCCAGACUCCUGAAGCAAACAUCUCGCCUGCUCCACCUGCAUUUGCCACCAGCACCUUCGUAUUCCUCUUGGGCGGCCUGCAGCCUAACGGAGUCAAGUCCGCACAGAACCAGAUUCAGAUGGUCCAAACCCACCCGCUGAGAACAUUGGAGCCAGCAGGGGGCACACUUUGAGCUUGCAUCACUUAGUUGGAUCUCAGCGAAUGUCCCAGAGGUAAAAGGUAAAAUGGGAGCGAGCGAGGACGAGCUGAUCGGGAUACCGUUCCCGGAGCACAGUAGCGACCUGCUGAGCAGCCUGAACGACCAGCGGCACCGGGGCCUGCUGUGCGACGUGACCAUCGUGACCCAGGGGCUGGAGUACCGCACCCACCGGGCCGUGCUGGCCGCCUGCAGCCACUACUUCCGCAAGCUGUUCACCUCCAAGCCCUACAGCGGGCAGCGCAACGUGUGCGAGCUGGACUUCAUCCAGCCGCCGGUGCUGGCCGCCCUGCUGGAGUUCGCCUACACCGCCACGCUGACCAUCAGCGGCGCCAACAUGCGGGAGGUGCUGCGGGCUGCACGGGUGCUGGAGAUACAGUGUGUGGCCGACGCCUGCCUGGACAUCCUGCGCUGCAGCGGGGAGGGGGAGCAGGAGGAGCAGCUGUUGCAACAGGAGGGGCAGCAACUAUUGCAACAGCAGCAACAGCAGCAGCAACAGCAACAACAGCAGCAACUGCAACUAGUAGAUGAAUCGGCAACUACAGCCCCUCUCCACCACCAACACCACCACCUCCACCACCACCCCAACGGUGAGGGUCUCGCCCAGGAGAUGCCCAAGAUCCGACGUCGCAAGAGGGUUGCUUCCAAGAAGGCUCCCCGCAUCAGCCUCAGCAACCGCGGCUGCCUGUACCGUAUCGUGCAGCCCCUCAGGACUUCCAACAACCACAAGCUGCAGCUGAAGCAGCUGAAGCAGCAGCAGAGGCGGCCCGCCAGCCCAGCCAGCCCCGCUCAAGACCAGGGGUACAGCAUGGAGGAGGAGGGCCGAGUGGCCUCCAGGCCCCAGCAGGAGGAGCGGGAGGAGGAGCAGCCCCUCGACUACCGCCCCAUGCUGGUGCCCCCGUCGCCCGCGGACCGGGGGGACGGGGACGGGGACGGGGACGGGGAGCUUGACCCCCUCUCCGCCUCCUUCACCUUCCCCUUCCUCUCCUCGCUGGGAGCCGCCGCCGCCACCGCCGGCCCGGCCUCGCCCGACAACAAGCCGGGGGGCCGGGGGGCCGGGGGCCGCCGCAAGUCGCAGAUGCCCCAGGAGUGCCCCAUCUGCCACAAGGUGAUCCACGGCGCCGGCAAGCUGCCCCGCCACAUGCGCACACACACCGGGGAGAAGCCCUUCGCCUGCGAGGUGUGCGCUGUCCGCUUCACCAGGAACGACAAGCUGAAGAUCCACAUGCGUAAACACACAGGGGAGCGCCCGUACUGCUGCAACUGCUGCGACGCCCGCUUCCUGCACAGCUACGACCUGAAGAACCACGCGCGUCUGCACACGGGAGACCGCCCCUUCGAGUGCAGCCAGUGCCGCAAGGCCUUCGUGCGCCUCGACCACCUCCACCGCCACCUGAAGGGGCAGAACUGCCUGGAGGUGCGCACGCGCAGGCGCAAGGACGACGAUGGCGACGGCGACGACGGCGACGGCGGCGGAGUCAACGGCGACUCGGCCGACGGCAAGGGGGCGGACGGCGGCGAAUCCGGGGCGGAGUACGGGACCCCGGUGAGGGAGGACGGGAGCCUCCGCUCCGCCUGGAGCCACCUGGCCGGCGCCUGGGACCAGGAGCCGCCCGAGGAGAUGGCGGCCGAAGACUCCUCCUAACCGCCGCGGGGCGGAGACGUCUUUUUUUUUUCUACGGCGGAGAUUUCACCGAGUCGCAGAACACACGGAAACAGUCCCAGCUCGGGCCCGUCCGAUCCGUCCGAUCCUGACCUCGGGUGCUAUCUGUGCGGAGUUUGCACGUUCUCCCCGUGGCCCGCGAAGGAUGACGCAAAGCGCCAGAGUUACUCAGCGGGACGGGCAGCAUCUCCUUUCUGCGGAGAGAAAGAAUGGGUGACGUUUCAGAUGUCAGGGGAGUGGGACGUACAUAGAUAAGGAAGUCUACAGAUAAGGUUGUGCAAGGUGUGAAAACAGGACAAAAGAGAAUGGAGAUCUCUAAAAUGUAGAAUAGUUCACCUGAAGAAGGGUCUCGACCUCAAACGUCACCUAUUCCUUCUCUCCAGAGAUGCUGCCCGUCCCGCUGAGUUACUCCAGCACCUUGCGAUCAUCUUCGGAGUAAACCAGCACCUGCAGUUUCUUCCCACGCAUCCUGGGACCACGUGGGUUUCCUCCUGGUCCCCGUGCGGGACUCUGGGUUAAUUGGCCCCAAAGUGCAGCUUUGGAGGGCGGGAGGAAACCGGAGCGCCCGGAGGAAACCCACGCAGCCACAGGGAGAACGUGCUGACUCCACACCCGUCGUCAGGAUCGAACCCAGCGCUGUGCGGCAGCAGCCCUACCCGCUGCACCACCGUGUCCAAAAAAAAUAGCCAUAAUAUCUCCAGUUUCCAGAUAAGGACCACUUACUGACUGAAAGGAAUCUCCCCCCCCCCCUCACCGCCCUUUUCAAUUCCCCCCCACACCCUCAAACCUGUAUCUAGUUUUAGAAUCUUUUACCCCAUUUGGGGGAUAAGAUGUGAGCAUUCUCACUUGAUCCACGCCCAUCCCAUCUUCAUCUGAUCUAGUAACUCACCUCAAUAAUGUGACUCCCCUGGCCUGCUACGCUCCAAAGAAAAAAGCCCCACCCCCGUCACUCCGACCCUGGCUAACAUCCUGGUGAAUCUAGACGCACAGAGUGCCGGAGUAACUUAGCGGCGACUGGCGGCGGCUCAGGUGGAGGCAAAAAGGAACGGGUCGAGACACUUCUUCGGACUCCGAAGUCGAAAGACUUCGGAGUCUGAAGAAGGGUCUCGACCCAGAGAUCGGAGUCUGACCUCAGAGUUUGAAGAAGGGUCUCAACCCGAAACAUCACCCCGUUCCUUUUUCCCUCCCCCCCCAGAGCCGCCGCGCCGCCUGUCCCUGCUGAGUUACUCCGCCAUUUUGUUUGCCCGCCUUCGGCGUAAACGAAACAUCCGCACUUUCCUUCCUGCACGCCUCUUCUCCUCCCUUUCCGACUUCCGAUUUGAAACCCCGCGCGUUGGGCCGCAAGUGUGUCCCCCACAUCGGCUUUAACCGGCACGUCGUUGGAAUGAAAGCCUCUCUGUUGCUCGACUGGACUGCGAUGGCCUAUCUCUCGUUCUCGAGUCUUUCCCGAACAUCCGCGCCUACUGUUGCUGGGCAACUAACGGUCGGAAGACUCCGGGGGGGGGGGGGGGGGGGGGGAGGCGAGAAUGGGUAGAGGUGCUGACUCACAGCGCCAGAGACCCCUCCGGUUCCAUCCUGUGUGUGUGUGUGUGUGUGUGUGUGUGUGUGUGCGGAGUCUGGACUUUCUCACCCCGUGACCCGCGUGGGUUUCAUCCGGGGCGCUCCGGUUUCCCUCCCCACGUCCCAAAGACGUGUUCGUGGGUCGAUCCCCCCCCCUCUG